AUGUCGCAACCGUACGGCCAGCCUCAAGGCGGCUACUACCCGCAGCAGCCCCAGGGCGGAUACCCCCCCGGCGGCCAAGGCUAUCCGCCUCCUCAGCAAAUGCAAUACCAACAAGCACCGCCGCCGCCGCCCCAGCAAGAAAAGAGCCAUGGCUGCCUCUAUACCUGUAUCGCCGCCAUGUGCUGCUGUUUCCUCUGCGGCGAGAGCUGCGAAUGCUGCCUCGACUGCCUCGACUGCUGUUGA